AUGGAAGCAUCUCAUAAGCAAGGCCAGAUCGGGGCGUUCUUCCCGUUACAAGAUGGCCGGAAAUUUAGCUGGGUGCCCCCUCCAAGGAUAUAAAUGUAAGAAAUCGCGCGAAAACUCUAUUAACUAGGGGGGAGAAAUGUGAUAUUUCAUUAAUCCUUCCCCCGCUUCAGUUUAACCGAAAUCGGUUGCUCCGGGCUGAGUAAUCCAAACUUGGUGGAGGGGCGGCUCGUUUCGGCCCAGAUCGGAUCUGCCGGGCCAGCAUCAGGGCCAGGAGUGAUCGAUCAUUCAGUCAGGCCCAGGUAGACGUUGCAGUCGCGUUAUCUCUGGACUCAACGGCCCAAUAAAUUACAAGACCCCUGUCGCAAACAGAGGGCGGGCCUAGUCGAGGGCUCCUGAACCCGAUUAAUUGCUUCUGAGGAGCGGCCCACCUCUACCUAAACCCAUAAAUAUAAAUAUUUUCGCACGGUUCAGAGAAAUUAAUGAGAGUAGUACGAGAUGGGCCCCGUCCACGUGAAUCCAGAAAAGAGAGAGAGUCGGGCAUGAGUGGGGAAGAGAGGGGAUCGCCAAGACUGCAUCUUUAUUGUGGAAGAGAGAAGAAGUCGUAUAAACAAAUAAAAUAUGGCGUGGUGGGGUAUGGGGCACCACACAGUCUUCACUCUCCGAAGCGCUGCCUCACGACCUCUGUCAGCCGAGCGAGGACCACGUCGACGGCGUCCCUGAAGGCGAGGUUAGUGGCAUUGGGAUGCGCAUAUGUGAGCCGGGGGAUCAGCCCGAUCACACGGCUUCGCAGCCUGGCGACUUCCUCUUGCGGGAUCUGCGACAGCUCCUCCUCAAUGCGGCCCCACCGCUCCUCGCCGUCGAGAAAGACCGAGUACUCCGCCGCGUCCGCCGGCAGGAACCAACCGUACUGCGUGUACGCCGUGUGCGGAGAGAAGAAGACCGGAACGCAGCCCGCCAGCACGGCGUCGAACACCGACCGCCUCGUGAAGGAGUCCCCCGGCGGCUGCAAGCAGAACUCUGACCCCAUCAUCACCUCCAGUACGCGGUCCGGGUCGUGGCACUGGCUCGAGCCCGGCUCGCACUCCACCCUCAGGCACCUCGGCGAGGCCCCGCACUGCUCGAGGAUCGCCGCUCUCACGGCCGCCUUCUCUAUCCCCUUCCGGGGACCGCCCACGAAGGCGAACAGGUGCGUCCGCCUGGCUCGCCGCAUCGCGUCCUGCCAUGAGAGCACCUCCUCUUCCGUGCGAGGGUGGAAGUAGGACGGGUAGGGGACGCCGAACUGGUUGUGGCCUUUCCAAGGAUUUCGCUCCACGGUGAGCACCGACAUGUUUGCUACGGCGGGGAGUCGGAGGAGACGGUUGGCGCCGAAGUCUACAGAGCCGUCGGCGUCGUCCCUCAUGAAGUCCCAAGCGGUGCGGCCCAGCGCCAGGAAGUGGUCGCCGCCGUUGCGCCGCCACCAGGUGGGUUGAUCGAGGAGGAAUUCCUCGAGCUCCACCGCCAGGCGAUCGCGCUCGGCGAGAUCGGGUUCCCUGAACUUGCUGGAGGCGUGGAGGCCCCCGUAGAAGGGAACGUAGAAGAUCUCGGCAACGAGGGGGUCCGUAGUCCGGCAAGGGUGUCGCUCUGCUCUUGCAUGGAAGAUCAUCUCCCCGAUGAACUGAUGGGUGGCGUACCAGCUGCCAUCGGCUCGGCGGAGUUCAUCUCCCGGUGCGCUGAAGAUGAGCUGGCCGAGGCCGCGGUUGGCGACGUGCGGGCACAUAUCAGUGUAUACGUUGAGCGUGCGGCAGGCAUCAAGAAGCGCGAAGUUGAACCGGGGGGGCAGAUCGUACAUAUAAAACUGAGCAAUGCCCUCAGGGCACCUACCGGUGACGGCAGAGAGCUGGCCGACUUCAUCUCCGGCGUGGGAACGAAGGUCAAGGAUCUGCCCCUCCGAUCGCCCACCACGGUGAGAAUUGAAGAGAGUGCUUACGAACAGGAACCACGCCAAUAA